CACACUCAACUCAGCGGCGUAAAGCAAAUGAGCAGAGGCAUCGCCCUAGAUAACGGUUUGUGGAGUGUCUCUCGUUGUCUUUACACUUAUAAAUUACAGUGUAUAUCGUCUCCAAGAAAGAAAAACCCGUAAUCUUUUACCUCAGUUUCGGUCCGGUAUUUGCGUGUGGCUCCAAAAAAUCCGCCUUCGACAAUUCUCCAACACAGCAGGCUUGUGUUGGAUCAAGUGACACACUAGCCGCAUCUCGGGAGUAUACGUGCAUUCGACUUAUAAAGUGUACAUUAUUUUCUCUCCAUGAACUCAUGGCGGUGCAGUGACCAACCGAACAGCGUGGCAGGAAGCGAUUAAUCGCCGGGGAAUCUGUGAAACAGGAUAGGGAAAAUCGAGGCUGGAUUUUACGGCGAGGACCUAAAACAUCGUUGCGAAAAGUGUGGGUUCGUCGUGCGGGAUAGGCAGAAGAUCUAUCUCGCUGACAGCGAAGAAGGACAAGACGUGGCGGAUUCGGUGACCCCUCGGCUGUGACACGAAGCAGAUAGAUAGGGCAAGAGAUGCGUGAAUAUAAGAUAGUGGUGUUGGGCAGCGGAGGUGUCGGUAAAUCUGCCCUCACUGUCCAAUUCGUACAAGGAAUCUUUGUCGAAAAAUAUGACCCAACCAUAGAAGACAGUUACCGUAAGCAAGUAGAGGUCGACGGACAGCAAUGUAUGCUGGAAAUUCUAGACACAGCCGGCACGGAACAAUUCACAGCCAUGAGGGACCUUUAUAUGAAAAAUGGCCAGGGUUUUGUGUUGGUUUAUUCGAUAACGGCGCAGUCAACGUUUAAUGACCUGCAAGACCUCAGGGAGCAAAUCCUGCGGGUAAAAGACACAGAUGAUGUGCCGAUGGUAUUGGUAGGAAACAAAUGUGAUUUGGAAGACGAGAGGGUAGUGGGCAAAGACCAGGGCGUCAACCUUGCCCGGCAAUUCAAUUGCGCCUUCAUGGAGACCUCUGCCAAAGCCAAAAUUAAUGUUAACGAUAUAUUUUACGACCUGGUGCGGCAAAUCAACAAAAAAUCACCGGAGAAGAAAAUAAAGCAGAAAAAGAAAUCGGUGUGCCUACUCCUCUAAAGUAGUGGUGGCCUAGGCCAUGUUCUCUCGCGUAAUAAUCAGAAGAAGGUCCGAAUCCCAGUGGUUGGUGCGGGGAAAGGAAGGCAACCAGGAUAUGAUGAAACUAGUGAAAAACAAAAAAUUGAAGGGGCUGAUAACGAAUUAAAUGAAUAACAAUGAUAGGAAAAGAAAUAAAGAGAGAGAGAGAGAGAGAGAAGGAAAGCGCAUGAAGGCUGUAAAGCGAGAUUGACGACUUCGAGAGAAUAAUAAGAAAGAAAAAAAAGGGGGUGGAAUUAUUGUAUAUACGUUGGUCCCGGGGUGGUUCGCGAGCUAUACGCGCAGAGAAUUGCGCAGAAAAUUUAGAACAGGCCCCGAGACACCGGUUAUCACUGUAGGAGUUUUGCAUUAAAGAAAAAAGAUGAUUAAUUAAUAUUAUAUAUUAUAUUUAGGAGAAAAAAAAAGGAGAAAUAAAAUGUUUGGAUGUGCGCGUGCGCUGGUCAAACGGCCACCAUGAAUCGUUCGCCGCGCACCUCACUUAUUAUAAUAUAAUAAAUAUACAUAGACGAUACAUGCAUGAUGAUGAUGAUGAUGAUGAUGAUGAUGAUGAUGGUUAUUAUUAUUAUGAUCAAUGCAUCAAAAUAUUGAUAAGUUAUCAACCGUUUGUUUCUCAAACAUUAUAUGUUUUUUCUAUAUCUCUCCGUAUUAAAAGCAAAUAAUAAAAAUUCAGUAAAUGUUACAUCGCGGUUGGUCUCUCUUCCCAAACACACACACACACACAUACACGCAAGAUCUCCCAAAAAAGAACUUUUUUGUCGAUAUCAGUGUCUGAAUUGACAAACUGCUAGAUAGUGGCGUAUUCAGGAAAGUACUUCUCAUGAUGUAUGUUUUUUUAAAUACCGUAUAUUAUACGAUUUUUGAAAUAUAAUAAAUGUUUUUAGGCAAAAUUUA